UAUUUCUCUUAUUUUUAUUUUUAGUCCAACAAGCUCAGGCUAUUAUCUCUCCGUUAAUUAGGGUUUUCUUCUCUAUCUCGAUUUCAAUACCAUUGUUGAUCCGCUGAGCUAGGGUUGUUCGAUCCCGAUAAUUCUGUGGCUUAGCUCUGAUCUCUGUUCAUCGAAUUUGGUUAAUUCGUUCUGAUUGGUUAAGAACAUUGGAUAGCGAUGCCACCGAAGGUUGUCAAGAGGGGAGGCGCCGCGAGAAGAGGCGGGAGGCUUACGAGAUCGGCGCUCAAGGCGCAGAGUCCUCUGGUCAAUGAAGAAUCUGUUGAUAUCGGUGAGAUAUCUGGCUCCGAUGCACUGGAAGCGAAGGAGGUGACGCCGGAGGUUGAUGAAACUGUGGAGGAAGAGAAUCCAUUAGAUGGGCCCAAGCCAUUGGAUUCAAUUGAUGAUUCUGAAGCUGCAGCGAAUCCGGUUGAUAUUGUUCUGUCGAAAAAGGAGACUGAGGUAAAGGAUUCUGUGGAUGAUUUCGGAAAAGAUGAAAGAUUGGAUUUAGAUGACAAUGAACCUGAGUUUGAGGCUGAAGAAUAUGGCGGGGAGGAGUUUGAAGAGAGGGAAUUGGGACAGGAGGAUAAUGAGUUGGUAAAUGAGGAGGGCGAGGAACUGGAGGAAGAGAUUGAGGUGGAGGAAGAAGCUGGUGAGUUUGCAGACGAGAUUGGAGAUGAUCCGGAGGAGCUUGAGAGUGAGGAUGAUGAUGAGCAUGCUAAUGAAGAUGUCAAGCAUGGAGAAACUGUUGAUGUGGAAGAAGAAGAGCAUCAUGAUGUUCUCCAUGAGAGACGUAAGCGUAAGGAGUUCGAAAUAUUUGUUGGAAGUUUGGACAAAGGUGCGACGGAGGAGGACUUAAAGAAAGUGUUUGGUCACGUGGGCGAGGUGACUGAAAUUAGGAUUUUGAAGAAUCCUCAGACAAAGAAGAGCAAGGGUUCUGCUUUCUUGCGUUUUGCAACAAUGGAACAGGCAAAACGAGCUGUUAAAGAGCUUAAAAGCCCAAUGAUAAAUGGUAAAAAGUGUGGUGUAACUGCAAGCCAAGAUAAUGAUACCCUCUUCAUUGGUAACAUUUGCAAGACAUGGACCCCAGAAGCUUUGAGGGAGAAGCUGAAACACUAUGGAGUUGAGAAUAUGGAUGAUAUAACGUUGGUAGAGGACAGCAACAAUGUCAACAUGAAUCGAGGGUAUGCCUUUUUGGAAUUCUCAUCUCGCUCAGAUGCCAUGGAUGCCCACAAGCGUCUCGUCAAGAAAGAUGUGAUGUUUGGAGUUGAGAAGCCUGCAAAGGUCUCUUUUACUGAUUCUUUCUUAGACCCGGAAGAUGAGAUAAUGGCGCAGGUUAAGACUAUCUUCAUUGAUGGUCUGUUACCUUCAUGGAAUGAAGAACGUGUCAGAGACCUUCUGAAAAGAUAUGGUAAACUUGAAAAAGUUGAGCUUGCUCGCAAUAUGCCAUCAGCAAGGAGGAAAGAUUUUGGCUUUGUAACUUUUGAUACUCAUGAAGCUGCUGUGACUUGUGCCAAAUUCAUCAACAACUCAGAGCUAGGCGAAGGGGAGGACAAGGCAAAAGUGAGAGCACGCUUGUCUAGACCACUUCAGAAAGCAGGUAAAGGCAGACAAUCCAGUCGCUCAGACCAGCGGUCUAGGCAUGGGACUGGACGGUCUGGAAGGAUUUCAUUUGCUCGUCUUCCACCUCGUAGUCUUGCUUCCUCUCGGAGUGCUAGAGGCGCUGGAUCUCGGGCCCCAUCUUCUAGUGCAAAGAGAGUCUCUGGAUCAAGAGGAAGACGUCCACGCCCACCUCUACCUCCGCCUGCAAGAGCCAGGCCCUUGCCUCCGCCUGCAAGAGCCAGGCCCUUGCCUCCACCUGCAAGAGCCAGGCCCUUGCCACCACCUGCUAGGUCAUAUGAUAGAAGACCUCCAGUUCCUCUGUAUCCAAAGGCUAGUUUGAAGAGAGACUAUGAUCGGCGUGAUGAUCUUCCUCCUCCAAGAAGCAGACCAGCUGUAAGCUAUAGUUCCAGGCUUUCUCCUGAGAGGCAUCUGUCUUAUAGAGAUGAUUAUCCACCUCGUGGUUCUGGUUAUUCAGAUCUUCCUAGAAGUUCUUCUCGCUCUGAAAUGAGGAGGCCAUUCGUAGAUGACCCUUACAGUCCAAGAUUUGAAAGACCUCCAAGUUACAGUGAAGGAAGACCUCGUGCUUAUGAACCUCUUCCUGGAUCAAAGCGCCCAUAUGCUGCAUUGGAUGACAUUCCUCCCCGUUAUGCUGAUGUUGAUGUUCGUCAUUCAAGACCCCGUCUGGACUAUGAUGUUGGCCCAUCUCAAUAUGGGGAAUCCUAUGGGGACCGGAUUCCUAGGUCUAGUCUAGGAUAUGGAAGCAGCCGAAAUUCUAUGUCAAGUCAUGACUCGCGUGGCCCAUACAGCAGUCGUCAGGGAAUGGAUUAUGGAGGAGGUUCUUAUAGUGGCAGCGAUGUAGGAGGAAUGUACUCGUCAAGCUAUGGUGGCGACCUACCCAGAAGAGAUGGAGGAGGUAGCUCGUAUUCUUCAAUUUACUCAAGCCGUGGCUUGGGUGGUAGUAGUUACUCUAGUGGUGGUCCAGGAUCAUACUACUGAAUGUGAAUUUUACAUGAUCGAGGCUGCAAGAAAAGGUGGUUUGGCCAUGCAAAAGUUGUGCAGAAAAGAAGCUACUGGCUGCAAGAAAAGGAUUAAAGCCAGCUUCGGUGAGACUGUUGGAAUAUUAAUGGGCUUGCAUCUUCAACUGCACUUGUAACUUUUUUUCGGAUGGGAUGAUAAGCUCGAGUUUUAUAGAGAUGGUUCAUAGUUGUGGGACUCGUUAUGUAUCUUAUCUAUCUUGAAUAAUGGACGGAUUUGUUGGAACAGAGAUUUAGCUGUGUUUGUAUUAUUGAUCCAUCAGUUUAAUUAAGGUUUCUUCAAGAAAGCAA